AUGUCUUUCUUCGGUUCCUCCUCCUCAUCCACCUCCCCGGCCUCCGAGCCCUCCUCCACUGAACUCAAAAAUGCUCUUAUCCAACAAGUCCAAGCCGAAGCAGCCACAGCCAACACCCGCAUUCUCAUCACUAAAGUAAACGAAAACUGCUUCGACCGCUGCGUCUCCACUCCAGGCUCAACACUCUCAGCUGGCGAAUCGACCUGUCUGACCACCUGCAUGGAGAAGUACACCAAUUUCUGGAAUGCGACAGGCCGUGCAUACGUUUCCAGAGUGGCCACAGAGUCGAAGAGGAUGGGUGCUGGUGCGGAUGUUUUGGGGGCUUUGGGGGCGUCGGAGUAG